AAUCGACUCUCCAACAUUUAGUCACUCAGUGGAGCUCAAAGUGUGGAGACAUCCCAGAAGCCACCAUAGAACGGGAGAAGCAUGAAGACAAGUUGGCUGCCAAUUAUUUUGAUUCUGGCCCUGACUGCGGUUCUCGCCGAAGGUGAUGACGGAUACCUGUACGGAAAACCUACUGGGGAACUGCUUUCGGAAUCCCUUCCAGCAGUGCCCAGGGUGAGGAAGCACCGCUUGAAGCCACGAGUUUACCCGGCAUCUCUCUCCCAGAAUUGUGGCAGCGACGACCCCGAAGCCCACGCAGCAGCUGUGGCAGCGUACCAUGCCGCUCGCCCGCCCCCGCGCCGCUCUUACAAUCACCAGGAAUUGGUGGUGGACAGCUCCUUUUUCGAGCCUUCCCAGGAAGCAAUAGACGAACUGCGCAGGGUUCUGUUAGACCAGGAAUAAAGGAAUUGAUUUUAACAAAAA